GGGACAAGGUCGUGUGGGUCGGCAGGGCGGGUGGUGUUGCGGUGAUUAGGCAGCAGUCAGUCCCAGUCACUAUAGGAAGCAAGUACCAUGGACGCAGCACCCGUGAAUAAUGUGAUCCUAUUGGCUGACAGCUAUAAGGUGGGGCACUACCAGAUGUACCCGCCUGGGACGACACACACCUACUCCUAUUUCGAGUCACGCGGCGGCAAGUUCCCCUAUGUGUGCUUCUUCGGGCUGCAGUACAUCCUCAAGCGGUGGCUAACAGGGCCUGUGGUGACGAGAGAGGCCGUGGAGGAGGCGAAGGAACUGUACAAGCAUGCCCUUCGCACUGACACUAUCUUCAACGAGGCGGGAUGGAACCAUAUCAUUGAGCACCACGGGGGUCAUCUGCCUCUGCGCAUCAAGGCUGUGCCGGAGGGAACUGUGCUGCCCACCAAGAACGUGCUCUUCACCGUCGAGAACACUGACCCCGCCGUGCCGUGGCUCACCAGCUACAUCGAGACAUUGUUGGUGCAAGCGUGGUACCCGAUGACCGUGGCCACCAUCUCCAGGAUCAACAAGCAGAUCCUCCACCACUACCACGAGCUCACCCACGAGAACACUGAUAAGGUGGAGUUUUCGUUGCACGACUGUGGCUACCGCGGGGUGUCCUCCGUGGAGACAGCAGCCAUUGGGGGAGCAAGUCACAUGAUCAACUUUCAGUCAUCGGACACCGUGGCGGGGACGUGCCUGCUGAGGAAGUACUACCACGUGGACACUGUGGGGGGGUACUCAGGGCCCUUCGCGGAGCACUCCACCAUCACCACCUGGGGCAAGGAGACGGAGGCUGAUGGACACAGUCAUAUCCUCGACGUCUUUAAAGGAACCAUGGUGGGGUGCGUGGCGGACUCGUACAACGUGUGGGAGUGCUGUGACAAGAUCUUCGGACAGAAACUGAAGGACAAAGUUUUGGAGCAUGCCAAGAGUGGCGGGAUUCUAUCCAUCAGACCCGACAGCGGCGAGCCUUCUGUGGUGGUGCUGCGGUUGCUGGAGAUCUUGAGCAAACACUUCGGCGUGGAGGUGAACAGCAAGGGCUACAAGACGCUGCCGCCCUACCUGAUGGUGGUGCAGGGUGACGGCAUGAACUACAAGACCAUGGGCGAGGUGCUGGCGGUGAUGGAAGAAAACGGAUGGUCAGCUGGAUGUGUGGGCUUCGGGGCGGGAGCGUCACUACUGCAGCGGAUGGACCGUGACACCCUGAAGUGUGCCUACAAGUGCAGCAUGGCGUCGAUCGGGGACAAGGAGGUGGAGGUGUUCAAGGCGCCUGUCACGGACCCCGGCAAGACGAGCAAGAAGGGCCGCCUCAGCCUGCACAAGGAGGACGGGAAGUAUGUCACCUUGCAGCACGGAAAGGGAGAUCCGGACACUGAUCUGCUGGUACCAGUGUUUGAGAACGGGAAGCUGCUACUGGACUACACCUUCCAAGAGAUCAGGCAGCGCGCCCAGCUCAGCGAGGAGGACCCAGACAUCAUGGAGUUCCUCAAGGCAUGCGAGUGAGAGAGAGAGAGAGAGAGAGAGAGAGAGAGAGAGAGAGAGAGAGAGAGAGAGAGAGAGAGAGAGAGAGAGAGAGAGAGAGAGAGAGAGAGAGAGAGAGAAAUAUGUAUGUCAAGUUUUCUUUUUCUCUUUCUCUGUCUUUUUUUUCUCGCUUUUUUUUUAUCUAACAAUUUAUGAGUCUUUGUUCCAAGUUGAUAUAAUAAUAAUAAUAAUAAUAAUAAUAAUAAUAAUAAUAGUAUUAAUAAUAGUUACUGGAAUCAUUUUUAAGUGGGAAAGAGAAAGUUACAUCAUUAUCUUUUACAGCUAACAUAAGGCUGUUAGAAUCAGUAUCAUGGAAAAUCCUCUUAAGUGUCUGCACUCAUUACUAGAAUAAAGAUGCACCUUGUU